GGCUCUGAUGGCAGUUGCUUUAGGGAAUGGGAGGAUCCGCUGCACUUGAUGAGAUGAGGAGCAUCUCAGAGCCGGUAAAAUGGGAGCAGAGCUUGAAAAUAUAAGUGUAUGAGAUGUACAGUCCACAGUUGUCUGGAGGCACGUAUAAACUGUGGCAAGCAUGAAGAUUUGGAGCACGGAACACAUAUUCAGCUACCCCUGGGAGACUGUGAUCAAAGCGGCUAUGAGGAAGUAUCCCAAUCCAAUGAACCCAAGUGUCGUUGGCGUGGAUGUGCUUGAUAGGAACCUGGACACACAUGGACGUCUGCACAGCCAUCGGCUCCUCAGCACAGAGUGGGGUCUUCCAGGGGUCGUCAAAGCGAUUUUAGGGACAAGCCGAACCGUCACGUAUGUAAAAGAACAUUCUAUUGUGGACCCCGAAGAAAAAAAAAUGGAGCUUUGCUCAACAAACAUAACAUUAACCAAUUUAAUAUCUGUUGAUGAAAGGCUUGUCUACAGACCUCAUCCAGACAAUCCAGAAGUCACUGUAUUAACCCAGGAAGCAAUCAUCACGGUGAAGGGAGUCAGUCUGAGCAGCUACCUUGAAGGACUGAUGGCUCUAACCAUGUCAGCCAAUGCAAGAAAGGGAUGGGAUGCCAUUGAAUGGAUCAUUCAGAACUCUGAAAGGGAGAAAUGUCCUUUUGUGUGACCUGUAUUGAACAGCCCAUAAAUGAGGAACUCAUGAUCCGCAGCAGCUCUGGAAGCACAUCUGACUUCACCCAACUCUCUUUCUGUUGAUGUUUACCUUUGAAGGUAGUCCAGUUGUUUCUGCAUGCCAUUGGGUUCAAGACCUCAUGAAGUUGCACUAUUACAGACAAAACCAUAAAGAGUUUUGAAUGUCGCUACAAAAUGUAAAAUGCAAAUGCACUGCUCUGACUACCUCUUAUUUUAGUUCUUUUAAUGUCAUAACAGAGGUCCUGGUACCAGUUGGAUGUUUAUUUGUAAUCGAGUGAUUUUAAAUUCAAAACAUGAAAAAAUGAACAAUUGUAAUUAUUUGAUUAUGUCAUGAAAGGGAAAAUGAUUUCAUCUUUGUUGUUUAUUAAUUUCAAGCCUGCAUGGGUAGUCUUAACGUGUAUUUAAGAUGAAGUCUAAUUAAAAUGUGUAGAAUAGGUCAAAAAGUAGAGUUUAUUUUGAAGGAAAGUGCUAUAUUUAAAAGUGGCUCGUUAUGCUGCUUUAUAAUUGACACGUUUAAUAAGAUUUCAGCUCGUUUGUGAGUCGUUUAGUUUGUUUAGUAGAGAGAUAUGGGCUAAUGCUUAUUUAUGGUUUAGGCUAAAAAUGUAGUUUAUUAAUUUAUUUUAUUAAUGUUUGCUUUAUUUUUGUGAGGAAAGUUACA